UCCAGUAGAAGUUGGUGUCACCAUGUACGUGCUGAGCAUCAGCUCAUUGUCUGAAGUGCAAAUGGACUUCACGCUUGACUUUUACUUCAGACAAUUCUGGACCGAUCCUCGGUUGGCRUUCACCAAGCGGCCAGGCGUUGAGACACUGUCCGUGGGAUCGGAGUUCAUCAAGAACAUUUGGGUGCCCGACACGUUCUUCGUCAACGAGAAACAGUCGUACUUUCACAUAGCGACCACCAGCAAUGAAUUCAUCCGGAUACACCAUUCGGGGAGCAUAACGCGGAGCAUUCGCUUGACCAUCACCGCGUCGUGCCCCAUGAACUUGCAGUACUUCCCAAUGGACCGACAAUUGUGUCACAUCGAAAUUGAAAGCUUCGGAUACACGAUGAGGGACAUCAGGUAUAAAUGGAACAAGGGACCAAACUCGGUGGGAGUCUCAAACGAAGUGUCAUUGCCACAAUUCAAAGUGCUAGGGCACCGUCAGCGAGCGAUGGAGAUAAGCUUGACGACGGGCAACUAUUCGAGACUGGCUUGUGAGAUCCAAUUCGUACGGUCCAUGGGCUACUAUCUGAUCCAAAUAUACAUACCCAGUGGGCUGAUCGUCAUCAUAUCGUGGGUGAGCUUUUGGCUGAACAGAUGCGCAACGCCGGCCCGUGUCUCGUUGGGCGUCACCACUGUGCUGACCAUGACCACGCUCAUGUCGUCCACCAACGCGGCGUUACCGAAGAUAUCGUACGUCAAGUCCAUUGAUGUGUACCUGGGCACGUGUUUCGUCAUGGUGUUCGCCUCACUUCUGGAAUACGCCACUGUGGGGUACAUGGCCAAAAGGAUACAAAUGCGAAAAAACCGUUUCUUGGCCAUACAAAAGAUUGCCGAACAGAAAAAAGGCGGUGGUGGAGGAGGCGGCGUCGGUAGUCACUCUGCCCACGAUGGGCGUUCGCACGCACAUCCUCACCACUCGUCACGGCACGGUCACGGCCAUGGAUCUAUAUCCGGCCACAGUACCCUGUCGGGACACGGCACUUUGUCAGGUGGCCACGGGCCCCAGUCCGGCCACGGUACUCUCCCUCACGGUAUGUCCAGCCACGGACUGGCGUCGCACGGCACUAUGUCCAGUCAUGGUUACGACGGCGGCGGAGGCGGUCACCGGCACAGUAAUAUGGGCCACGGGGGAACGUUGUCUGGAUCAUUGAUGGUUGGAGACUUGGAUCACAUACCCCGACAAACCGAGGUGCGAUUCAAGGCCCACGAUCCAAAAAACUACCUUAAAGGCGGUUCGCUGGAGAACACCAUCAAUGGCCGCGGGGAUGACGACAACAUCACUCCCAUUCCCACGCAGCAUGUCAUGCACCCAAACAAGGACAUUAACAAGCUGUACGGCAUCACGCCCAGUGACAUCGACAAGUACUCGAGGAUCGUGUUCCCAGUGUGUUUCAUUUGCUUUAACCUCAUGUACUGGAUCAUAUAUUUGCACAUUAGCGACGUGGUCGCCGACGAUCUGGUGCUGCUGGGCGCAGACUGAAUUCUUCGGUUACCGUCUAUAUUGGGCUGCAGAUUUAUAUACCGACACACCCAUAUAAUAUUAUAUUAUGUAAAAAACUACUUACAUGCGAUUAAGUAAUUUAUAUUGUACACUUAGAUUUAGUGAUGGUGAUAAGAGCUCAAAGAAAUACAAAUUCCGUAAGAUUUAUAUAUACAUACAUAUAUAUAUAUAUAUUAUAUUAUACGAUAUUUAGUAGUGUUAACGCAAUUAUUAUUAUUAAAUUUUAAUGUACUACGUACGAUAGAAUAUUCUCUUCAUCUAUAUUAUGAUAUAAGUCUAUAGACAGGAUGAAUCUAACGCCUGCAGGGUUUUUCACAGAUUCUCAUACGCAUAGGAAAUAGGAAUAGACUACGUUUUAAUAAUAAUAUGAUAUUUACUAUUAUUAUUAUUAUACACUAAAUCGGAAUAAUAAUUAUUAACAAAUUAUAUUAUUAUAAUUAUUGUGUUGAGCGAUAUGUCAAUCGCGUGACAAUGAUUGCACUAAUGCUCGGUGGACGUUGAGAGCAGGGCAUUUUUUCAUCCCGUUUUCAAAAUAAACUGUCGAUCAAAGAAUAAUACUAUUAUUAUUAUUAUAUAAUUAUUAGAUUAUCAUGAUGGUACGCCAGGGCCGGGUAGGCACCUCUAUGGCAAUAACCAGCUCGUGGUUUUUUAGUAAAAUAAAUUAAUCUCAUUCCAAACGUCCACAAAAAUGAUAAUAUUAUUUAUGAUAAUUUUAUAAUUCAACCGGUACAAAAUUAUAGUUGUUCGAUAACGAAAAAAUUCGCUAAAAAUGAUAGCAAUAAUUAUUAUGCCAAUGAGCAAUAAACAAUUUAAUUGUAAUGCGAAAGCAAUAAUAUUAUUAUAAUAUUACGUCGUGUUCACCGAAACCUAGAAACGCACAGAACGGAGACUGAUAUGAAUAAUAAUAUUAUCAAUGAUAAUAAUGAUAAUUUAUCAUGAUACUAAUGUUAUAUACCGAAAUCGAUAAAAAAAACGUUGAGGGAAAAUGAUUCACCGAUAAACAUUAUUUUUUCAAAAGCCUGUUAAUAUAAUAACUAUACAAAAUAAUAUUAUGUUUUAUUAAAAUUCGUGUAUAUUAAACAUUAAAAACUAUAGAUGACAAUACCUUAUAACGUUUUCAACAACUAAUUAAACCAAUAUAUUAGCUCACAUUAUACAAAAUACAUAAUACAUAACAUUAUAAACAUAUUUGUAUGUUAUAAUAUCAAAUAAGUACAAUAACGUCUAUGUAAAUUAUAUUACUCGUACGAAAAAAUCAUCGCCAAAACGACAUUUUCAAACGCGAAAUCGAACGCAACGCUUGAACCGAAAUAUUUACACUUGCACUUGAUUCCGAUAGAUUUUUAUCAAAACUAAUUCGUAUUUAAUUAGUGGCUAGACGAAAAUUUCUCACACAAUAAAUUAAUAUAAAAUUCUUACACAUUCACCGCCGCUGUCGAACACAGGUCGACGGUGGUAGAAUGGGGUCACCGCCGAUCCGUGGUCGUCACUAGUGCAUAUUAUUGAAAAUAAACGCCUAUAAUAACUCGGCCAUAGAGGACUGUAUUAUUAUUUAUCACGGCCAUUUAGAACAUAUUAACAAAAAAUUAUUUUCAGACGGUAGUAGGUUUCUGUAUCCCACGUUUUUUCAUAUACCUAUAUAUUUUAUAAUCCCCUGUAUGAUAAUAUCAGGAGAUACGCGGCGUGUGGCACCAGAUUAGAAAUAUUGGUGUGGCAUUGAACGUGUUGUACUUUAGACUAUACCCGCAUAGUUGUUAUACGAGGUAAUUUAACCAGCCACUAAGCAUGCUCAAAGGUACUCUUCACUAUCUCUUAGAAAUAAUUUAUUCAAUUUAAGUUUUUUUUUUUUUUUUUAAAUUCACUUAGA